AUGCCCCCAUCCACCAAACCCGUCGCCCUCGUCAUCGGCGCCUCGCGCGGCAUCGGCCGCCAAGUCGCCGUCGACUUUGCCGCCAACGGAUACGCCGUCGUCGUUGCCGCCAAGACGGUCAGCGACCCCGGCCAGCCCAUCACCGCCAUCCCGGACCCCAAGUCCAGCGCGUCCACAAUCACCACCGUCAGCCACGAGAUCCGCCUCGCUGGCGGCGACGCCCAUCCCGUACAGGUCGACAAAUACGGCCGCCUCGACGUCCUCAUCUACAACUCCGGCGCCAUCUACUGGGCCUCCGUCGAGGACACCCCCCUGAAGCGCUUCAAGCUCAUGCAGGCCGUCAACCCCGAGGGCCUCUACGCCGCCGUCCAGGCCUCCCUGCCGCACCUGCGCGCCGCCCCCUCCGGCCGCGUCCUCGUCGUCUCGCCGCCCAUCUACAGCCGCUUCUUCCGCGGCAAGACCGCCUACGCCAUGGGCAAGGUCGGCAUGUCCGUCCUCACCAAGGGCCUCGCCAUGGACCUCCGCCGCCAGGGCCUCGACCGCCGCAUGGCCAUCACCAGCCUCUGGCCGGCGGUGGCCAUCGAGUCCGCCGCCACGGAGCGCAUGACCAGGUUGAACCCGGGGGAGGCGCGCGACCUCCGACGGCCGACCAUCUUCUCGGACGCGAUGCUGGCGAUCGUCAAGGCCCCCGCGGCGGAGGUCAACGGCGAGCUGCUGCUGGACGAGGACUUCUUGCGGGAGCGCUGCGGGGUGACGGAUUUCGGGAGCUAUAGCGUGGUGGAGGGCGCGGAGCCGCGGCGAAUCAUGCCGGCGAAGUUGCCGGACUUGCGCGUGGCGGAGCAGGACGACGAGGGGAAGCGCGUGGACAGCACAAAGUUGGCGAAGCUGUAA